CAGGGCGAGUAGGGCACCGGGGGCGGGGGGCUCUGCUCCCCGCUUGACCCCUCUCGCGCCAGCCAGGAAAGGGAAGGCUCCUCGGAUUUUACAGCCAGUGGACGGACCGACCGCGACUGCCAGCAUCUGCAGGUCAAGGACUUGCCUCACCCGCCCCCCUCCCCGCCCCCAAGGCGCUCUGAACUCACUGGUGAGAGCGGCGGCCCGGACGCUGGAUGCGGGGGCCGCUGCAAUGGCCCCGCGCGCGGGACAGCCGGAGCCAAGGGGGCCGCUGCUACCGGGGCUGCUGCUCGUGGCGGCAGCGCUGAGCCAGCCCGCUGCGCCCUGUCCCUUCCAGUGCUACUGCUUCGGCAGCCCCAAGCUGCUACUGCGCUGCGCCUCGGGCGCCGAGCUCCGGCAGCCUCCGCGAGACGUGCCGCCCGACGCGCGCAACCUCACCAUCGUGGGCGCCAACCUGACGGUGCUGCGCGCUGCCGCCUUCGCCGGCGGGGACGCGGACGGGGAGGAGGUGGCGGCGGGUGGCGUGCGCCUCCCUUUACUGACCGCUCUGCGCCUCACACACAACAACAUCGAGGUGGUGGAAGACGGUGCCUUCGACGGGUUGCCUAGUCUGGCGGCGCUGGACCUGAGCCACAACCCGCUGCGCGCCCUGGGCGCCGGCGCUUUCCGCGGGCUGCCGACGCUCCGCUCGCUGCAGCUCAACCACGCGCUGGCGCGGGGCGGCCCCGCGCUGCUGGCCGCGCUGGACGCCGCGCUCGUCCCGCUUGUCGAGCUGCGCCUCCUGGGCCUGGCGGACAACGCACUGAGUCUCCUGCCGUCUGCCGCGCUGCGCCUGCCGCACCUCGAGCAGCUGGACGCGCGCCUCAACAAACUGGCCGGCCUGGGCCCCGACGACCUGCGCGCACUUGAGCGGGAUGGCGACUUGCCCGUGCCGCGCCUACUGCUUGCCGACAACCCCCUGCGCUGUGGCUGCGCUGCGCGCCCCCUGCUGGCCUGGCUGCGUAACGCCACAGAGCGCGUCCCCGACGCACGGCGCCUGCGAUGCACAGCCCCGAAGCCCCUGUACGACCGGCCUUUCUUGGACCUGGACGAGGCGCAGCUGCUCUGCGCGGACCGCAACGCCGAAGGUCGUGGGGAAGAAGUAGAACUCACCGGCCCGGAGCUGGAAGCUUCCUAUGUCUUCUUCGGGCUGGUGCUGGCGCUCAUCGGCCUCAUCUUCUUAAUGGUGCUCUACCUAAACCGCCGCGGCAUCCAGCGCUGGAUGCGCAACUUGCGUGAGGCCUGCCGGGACCAGAUGGAGGGCUACCACUACCGCUACGAACAGGAUGCCGACCCGCGCCGUGCGCCCGCCCCAGCCGCCCCCGCCGGCUCCCGCGCCACUUCCCCGAGCUCGGGCCUCUGACCUUUGCCUGUUCGAGGUUGGGGGUGCCCCUGCCAGCUGAGGCCUGAAGCAGUGGGUAUGGGACACCCGUGAGCUUGGUGGGGCUUUUGAGACUUGCCCCUGACCUGCCUGAGACCUUUGAAUUCUGGCAUCACCUCCUGUCCCACCCCACCCACACACACACCUGGAGACCCCAAACUGCACCCCCUUCUUCCCAGCCUCUAAGAACUCUCACCAUCAAAGACCCAGAUACCCACCUUCUGAUUCCAGAAACCCUACCCACCCGUCCCAGGCUCCGGACCCAUCAACUCCCCUCAGGGCCUCUUAAGACUCACCCGGAGACCUUGUCCUAAAAUCUGAAAGCCCUGAGAUUGCAUCCACCAAGCUCUUCCUGAGCCUUUACUCUCAGCAGGAAGCACCCUAGACUUCAUGGACCCCCAUCUCCAGCUCGGGCCCUCACAUCCCAUUUGGGUCUCAGAAGCAGAGCACUCCCACGAAAAGGUUUUUGUGGAUUUUGAGCCUUUUUUCUCAUACCAGAGCUCCGAGCCCUCCAUCCUGCAUAGAUACCCCUGUCCUGGGGCUCUGAAGUGUUCAGGGGCUCUCCCCUACUCAGAGGGUGUGUUAGUACCACCCCCACCCCCGCUCUGGCUCAGGCCCCUCCCUUCUUUGGCCCCUGCUUGGGGCUCAGCUCCCUUGGUCUCUCCCACCCCAGAGACAGGCGCACACUGUCUGCACACACUGUGUAGCCUUAGAGUGGAGCCCAUCCUCAGCGUUUCCCGCUGGGGCUCUGAUCCCCUAGCACUCAGUGUUUGCCCCAAUCUCAGACUCAGCUCUUCCCCCGAUCUGAGUUACAACCCCUGCCCAAGUCUUAGGCUCUUGAUUCCACCCACAUUUGUAGCUUACACUCAAUAUUCACCCCUCCUACUCACUACUAGGUCAGGGUCCAAUGAGGAAUCCAUCCCUGAAAUGUGCUCACCCUUUUUACCUCCUAAAAUGAAGUCUCCAGCCCAGCAAGACAGGUGCAGUUGCCACACACCUCAUCCAUACUGGUGGGUCUCCACGGAGAAAGGAGAUUCCUGAGGAUGCAAGUCAGGCCUCAGAACCAGGGUCACCCCCUCACCAUGGCCUCAGUGAGGGGUAAGGAAGGGGUCUCUGAAGGGCUGGGAGCUGCUGCGUACAUGCUGUUUCCCACCCAUGUGUCUCCACCCCUAAGGAUUUCCUGCUGCUGUGUUCCCUACCCGCCACUCCAUGCCUUCUGGAAGAGGGAGGGGGUCUCACCUCCUGUCUCAGGCACACGCCCUUUUGUUCAGGGUCAGAGCCUCAGCAACCUGCCUUCUGCAUGAUCCCAAAGCACAAUUGGUGAGUGGGGAGGUGGGUGCCUCUCCCUGACUCCCACCCCUCGGUCAGGCAGAAUGGCUGGCCUGUGCUGCCUCUGCACACGGGAAGUCACCCUCCGACACACUGGUUGAGGCCCACCUUCUCACCCCUACCCCAGUAAUCUGAUGUCCCUCGGGCAGUUUUCUAUAAAGUCUG